AUUUUAUGAUAAUUUGUACACCAGCUUGUACCAAUGAAUAAUCGUUUAAAUGAUAAAGAGAUACAUUUAAAUGUUCUUGUCCCGUUGUGAAUUUAUCAUUUCAUAACUACUCUUCAUUACAUAAGCAAAAUUAUUGUCAAAACGGGAAAAUUAGCGGGAAACAUACAUUGAGAGACCCAAGGUCAAGGUUGGCUUGUUCCUGAAAAUAGCGUGUGAAAUUAUUUAUGGUGUAGUUGAAACAUUUGUUGAUGCCAAAUGGGCACCGGAGAAACGACCUCCUAUCACUUACGGAGGAUAGGACCCUCCGCAACAUGUAUGAGCAUUUCCAACAUCAUGAAGUUGAAAUAUGGUGUGACAAAAUUUGGUCGAGCAACCAGCAACGAUUAUUACUUGGAUUCUACAAAGCUAAAGAACUUCAUAUCUCGGAUACAUGCAGAAAUCCAUGCAAUACCCUGCGAUAAUGGAGAUGUUCAGUUUAGAAUUGUUGAUAAGGGCCUUAACGGGACCUUUAUCAAUGACACAAAGAUGAGUGGACCAUAUAUACUAAAGGUUGGGGACAAGGUUACGUUUGGACACACAAAUGGUUACAAACUAAAAGCUGGAGAUUAUGCAAAGCAACCAAACUCAGAAUUUCAAUUUAUUUUUGAAAAAUUGAUACAAAAAGAGGAGGAGCGAGGUUUUCGGACGGGAGAUGAAGCAGCUAUUAAUGGGCAUGUGCCCGCAAACGCCUCUAGCAGUGCUAACACAAUAACAAGUCACAGCAUCAAAAAAUCUCCCAGCAAAACAGACCAAAAAUACAAUCUCUCAAAAGACUCGACUGUGACUUACACUGCCUCACCCAAUGUGAAUAGAUAUUCGGGAUUUGAUUUGAAGUCUUCGCCCUCAAAUAGUGAAGACAGUGAGGAGGAGGAUGACGAUGAUUAUAAACCCAAAGUGAAUACUCCCAUCAGAAAGUCGUUCCCUGCGCGGAGCAGGUUUGAAGACAGUGAUGACAGUAUGGAUUCUAGUCCCUCUCCCAAGCCAGUACGGAAAAGCUCGGGGUAUCCAGACAAAAAGCAGAGCCCACCGGGCAAAGUGAAAAAGUCGGCCAGCCGGCUGUCGGGGGAGAAUGGCUUCACUCCCCUGAGUGAUCUCGCCAGGAAGGAUAAAAGUUCUAAGACAAAGACCAGUCGAGUGAAUGUUAACAUAAACAUCAAUGUGGAGUCAACUGUGAAAAACAGUGGCAGUAGAACUAGCAAUUCCAUGAGGGAGCGAGACACUCCACCCUCCACUACACACCUGGAAAUCCCCAACAUACAUCGGAGAAAACUCCUGAACGAAAAACAGCGCCAUAGAAGCAGGUACAGCAGCAGCUCGGACGAUUCCAAUGAUUUACCCACCCCUGACGAAGACAGCAGUCGAGAUCCAUUCUUCUCUAGCGAGGACAACACGGACAAGGAAGUUGCCAAUCAGAUAACUUAUGCAAUUCAAGUCCUAGAAAAGGAAGUAAAAACCAAAGGCAAGAAGAAAUCGCCAGUAGAGAAAAAAGUCGCAAAACCAGCAAAAGUGCAACGAAGCAAUAGUAAAGGAUCUGUGAAGGAGGCAAAGAAACGCAAGCCAGGGCCUGUAAAACCCGGAAAACCGGGAAGAAGAGGUCGACCCCCAAAGAAAAAGAAGAGGGAUUCUGAUGAAGAUGAUGAUGACGACGAUGAUGAUUUUUUCAAUCGCGUGGAAACUGAAGAUGUGCUAGAAGAUGGAGUAGAAUGGUUCGAAGAAGAUAAAUGUGCCUCUGGGGAAUGUAAAAGGCCCAAAGGAAAGAGAGUGGCAUGGGUUGCAUGUGAUGAUUGUGACAAGUGGUACCACACAGAAUGCGUUGGAUGUCGUUAUGACCACGUCAAAGACUCGGACAUCAAGUUUAGCUGCGGAUGUCGAUGAAAUCCGACAUCAAGUUUAGCUGCGGAUGUCGAUGAAAUCCGACAUCAAGUUUAGCUGCGAAUGAUGAUGAAAUCCAACAUCAAGUUCAGCUGCAGAUGUUGUGUAAAUCCUGUCAUUGUUUAAUUUAGUAAAUCUUGGAUAUUUAGUUAAAACUUGCAGGUAUUCUAUGGUUAAAAGUGAAAAUUGUUCAAUAUACUGCCACUAUGUUUCGUAUGCACUGUUCAAUUUUUUCACACAAUCUCAGAAUUUACUAUUAAGUACUGGUGUAUGUAUUUCUAAACAAUUUGGAAAAGAUCUUACAAUGAAAAUAUAAGUUUUAUAAAAAAAAAUCUGGCUUAGGGUCACUGAUAUUGAAAUGUAGAAAUAUAUGGAAUCCAAAAGUGGGAAAUCAACAGCAUGUAAUGGAAAUAUCGAAGUUUUUUUCUUUUAUUAGUAGUAAACUCAAAAUUACUUUGGUUGACUGUUCAUAAAGGUUGGCAUGUACAUAAGCAUAUAUAUUUAUUAUACAAUAUGUAUGACGUGCACACUGUAUAAGGGUAUUUUUACAACAUUCUCAAGGAAUCGCAUAUUGUUAAGUUGAUUGCACAGUAUGUAUUUUCAAGUGAUGCUGCAGUCUUACCUUACAUUGAUCCAGGUUCUAUGAAUCUGAUGUUAUUCAAGUGUUUGUACAUGUAAUAUGCAUCGUUACUAGAACAUAGGUGCAUUAUAUAUACAUGUACUAUUAAAAAUACAUUUAUUUCACAUCUAACUGCAAAUACAUGUAUAGCAUUAGCAGUAGAGAAAAGUUCAUGGGUUUUUUUCUAUUUUGUUUGCAAAUAAUUUAUUGUAUGAAAGACAAGAAAGUAAUGCUAAUGGAAUGGACUUUUUUUUUUGCAAAUAAUCCGUAUUUACUAUGUUUUGUGUUUUGUUCUUGUAAUGUCAAAUGCUUCAGAAAUAAUCAGCAAUAUUUUUAUGUUUUUAAUGUAUUCACCCUUAUUAUAAUUGCUUUUUUUGCUUUGCAACUACCUACAUAACUUUCGUAAUCUGAAAAUUGAAAACGAACAUGUUCAUAUUUUUUGGUACCUCAUGUUUGUAUGUGUCAUAUCUAUUUCCAUGCAUGUAUAUAUAUAUCUACAUGUUAUAUAAGCUGUUCCAGAAAGUGCUUAUAUACAGUACUGAUGCAACUUCAUAAUGUUCUAUUGCAAUCAUUUUUACUUUUCUUCCAUUUUCUAUUUCUUUUUGUCUGUGGGUUUUGUUGUUUUUUUUGUUAACUUAAAAUUUUGCAUAUGAAACUUUUUAGUUUCUUUGAGAUCUUACUAUAAAAGCUAUGUUUUAAAAAAGAAUGAAACAGCAAUAUCAUUUCAGCUUGUUGUGGGAAUGAGCUAUCGAGAUGACUCAAUUGGGCUGUUGUUUGAUUGAUAUAACUGGGAUAAGAUUCUGAGAUACUUCAGACCUGUAUACUGUAAAUUCCUAAUUUAAUGCGAGGAAUUAAUAUCCGCGUAAAAUCGCGAGAAUCAUCCUUCGCGGAUUUUAAAAUCUCCCCAUUAUUUUCUGAGAGUUGAAAACUAUAAGAAAUAAGGAGAAAAUUUCAACGUUCGCAAUUUUAUAUUCUCGCGAUUUGAUACAAACCAGCAGGAUCACGGAAUUAAGUACUCUCGUAAUUUUAGGAAUUUACAGGAUUCAGUGCUAUGGCUUACACGCACCCUACGUUAUAUAUUUUUCUCAUAAUAAAAAUCUAUACCCUAUAUCUAAUACAAGUACAUGUGUAUUAUUAGAUAUAGGGUAUAUAUAUUUUUAUUAUGAAAAAAAUAUUUAACGUCAGGUGCCUGUGCUUUGGCUGCAUCUUGUAAACAUAGUCAUGGUUAUGUAGUGCAUUAUUCUGUUUCGCAGUAAACUAUUUUGUCAACUUAUAGUUCACUCACAAAAAUUUCUAAUACUGUGUAUUAGUGUAUGCAGUACUCUCUGUAAAUGUUGUUGCAGCAAAAAUCACACAAGCUUCUUUGAAUUUAUAAAACAAUCUUUUGAUAUGUGUUUGAAGUUUGUUCAAAGGAUGAUAAAAUUGGGUUUUGUGAUUCCUUUUAUAAAAUGAUAAGCAGUUCUGCAUAAUAUGCAUGUUUUAAUAGUGACAUUACAGAUUUCAUGUUGACAUUUUUUCAUCAUUGAGUCAUUUGUACCUAUGUUGGCAGUGAUGCAUAGGAUAGACUGUUUUUAAAGCUCCUUUAUUCCUUUUUUUUUUUUUUUUUUGCAUUGCAAUAUUAAUUAGUGGUACACAUUUGUGUACUUAUAGAGCAUUUAGCUGCUGUAAAUUACAACAUUGUAGACAUUUUUCUUUCAUGAUGUAUCUAUAUUAUUGUAUAUUACUGGUAGUCAUUUUUGGUCAGUAUAUAGCUUUGUGUGGCAUAAACUUAGUUAUUGUAUUCGCCUAUCAAUAUUGCAUGCCAGCUAGCAUUAUAAAGUACAUUUUUUUUAAAUAUGUGUAAAUUUUCCAAAUUUUAAUUAAAUUGUAUUGCUUCUGUAUCAAAUAUUAGCUAGAUGACUGGUAGCUUUCAGUGUGUACAUGUAUGUUUGUGCAAACUUUUGUAGAGGAUCUUCAACACCCAUUAUGUGCUAAACCUUCAAAAAUUAUGCACUGAAUUGUCAAAUUAGAAGAAAAAAGUGUUGGCGACAUUGUACAUAUAUAUUCAAUAGGGCCAUAAUUGUGUGUUAACUGAACUCGAAAUGGUUUAUUCAAAUGUUAACAUAUUUAAAAAUUUUAUUCCUGUUGAUUUCGCGACUUGAAUCAUACUACAUUUGAAUUCAGAAUCUAUAUUUCUACAUCAUAUCAGAGGUUUGAAAACGCAUUUGGACAACUUUUUUUUCCUGUCAACAACAUUGAUGCUAUGAAGUACAUUUUUUUUUAAUGUUUUUUGGUUUUUUUAUUAUUGUCUUUUUUAAUACAUUAUGGAUUCAAUGUACAGAAAGACAUGAAUGUUGACCUGGUCUUAUUGUAUAAAUAUUUAAACACAGUAGUGUUUAAGCAAAACCUUGUACAAUAAAGACUGUUAUUAAAUAAAGUGUUGUUUAUCUAUCAGACUCCGCCAUCUAGAUAUUUAUAAUUUAAUCACAUGGCUUUCAUAGAAGAUGGCAAAGAACAGAAUGGGGUUAGAAUAAACCUAUCCAGAUGUAAAUGAAAAGAUACAUAUCAUUGAAGGAGGAAUAGGACUUCAAAUAUAAAAUGGAUGAUGCCGGAUCAUCUUCAAAAUUAACAGCAAUUUAACAGAGAAUGCAUUUAUAACUUGUUUGUGACUAAUUGAUUGGGGAACUGAGCUAAAUUUGUUUGUAGGGUAAAAGUAGUA